AUGUCCGGCGCCGAACUCCCCCUCGCGAUCGCGGGCGUCGUCCUCGCGUGGAAGGGCAUCCUCGACAUGGCCGACGUGCUCAUCACGCUGUGCCGCGACGACGACCAGGACCGCAGCUUCCUGCACCUGCGCGUCAAGGUGGCGCGCAGCUUCUUCGCUAGUUGGGGGGAGUAUCACGGCAUUUCAGAGGAGGUGGAGAGAGUUGGGAAUGGGGACGGUCAGGGUGAGGCCACAACGCUGCUGGCCAGGUGUUCGGACAGUGAUCGCGAGUUGAUCAGGGAGGUGAUGGCGGCGUUUGUGAGGGAGACGGAGGGGGUGAUGGAGAGGUUGGGGAGGUAUGCUGGUGGUGUUGGUGGUGUCAAGAGUGGGAGUAAGGGCGGUGGUAAUGCCGACAAGGAGGCGUUUCGCAAGGCGGCGCGGGAGAUGAGGCUUCGGGUCAAGAAGGGCUUUAGGAAGGUGCCGUGGAACGUCAAGGACAGGAAAGCGGUGGAGGAGUAUGUCGAGAAGAUGGAGAGUACGCAGAAGAUGCUGCGGAAGUUGACUUACUUCGAGAUGCUGCCUAAGCAUGUGUGUCCGCAAGUGCCACUCAACGCAUCUGGCAGGGUGGCCGUUUCCCACGACUCCAAUCGAAUGCCAAUGGACGGUGGACAAGCCGUUUCAGCUUCGGACCAUAUAUGCGAAUUCUGCAUCUCGCACGACCUUCAAUCCUCCAGAAAGUCCAACGCCAGCAGCGUCACGCUCGCGGCUGGGGACAGCAAGGGCCUCUACGAAGUCGACCUCAUAUCGCGCGUGGCCGACUCUGUCCGUGAUAUCGAUGACUUCCACCUCAUGGACCGAGUGCAGCAUCUGGCCCUCGAGGCGCACUAUACCGACGUCCGUCACGAUCUCUGCGAUCGCCUCAACGAGUUCUGGCAGAUGCAGGAUUCGACCAUUCUCAAAAUCGAGACUGCUUGGGACCCUACAGAUGGGAAUAAUGAUCUGUGCGCUGCGGCAUUGUAUGCUUGUGCAGAGCAGCCCAAGCUGAUAUAUAUCUGGGACAAUGAGUCGAAAAUGGAAGCGGCGUCCACGCAGCUGGCGAAAUUGGUGUACUCGCUGUUGAAGCAGUGCUUGGUAGGCGAUUUUGCAGGGGCCCUGACCGACAUGUCAUCACUGCAGGAGUUUGAUGGCAUUCGAAUUGACAUAGACAGCGAGAAGGCUGACUCACUGCAAGCGGCGGUGGAGUUCAUUGAGUUGAUAUUGGCACAUUCGUGGAAGACGAUAGGGCUCAAGUCUUCGCUGCUCAUUGUGCUGAGUGGUCUGGAACAUCUACCGAAUGAAGGGGAAUAUGGUGAGGUAAGCCGAGCGCUGGUCAGGGCUGUCUGCUCGGCUUACGAGAAGAGGCUGUCGGAGAACCAGGCAACAAAGGUCCUAGUUCUGACGCAAGGCCGGGGACGGGUACUCCAGGAGUUCGAUGCUAAAUGGGAGGUGAAACCCUUGGACGGGCUGGGUCUUCUUCCAGGGAAUUUGCUAGGGGCCCUGGGCAUUUCGGUGAGUUCUAGCGGCGAGAAGUUGCAUCACCAAUGA